AUGGACGAUCGAUACGUACCGCCGUUUUGUUCAUGCGGAUGUCACGCACCGCGGCCGAUAAAACCGAUCGAAUUACCGCCGCAUGAGCCAUGCUGUUGCUGCGAUUACAACCCCUUUAGUGAUAAUUCUAAAGAAUCGGAGAUCUAUGAUCUGCCGUUUGCUUUACGAAAACUGACGGUAAUGAAGUGCCAGAUGAAGAAGUGGCGCAUGGAGCGACUACAGCUCGAGAGCGAAAAUAGGUCUCUGAAACAAGCCCUACGAUCAUUCGGUGUGAAACCCGACGGAGUAUUGGGUACUGAUCCCUUGCUCGUGCAUUACCGCGAGGAAAACGAAAGGCUGCAGAAUGCAAAUGAGGAACUGGCGGAAAAAGUUCGCAACCUCGAAGAGAGUCUCGCCGAACGAGAUUGCUGCGACGAUCCGUGCGAAAAAGUUAAAUACGUGAGGGAGAAAAUAGCAGCACUAAGAGAUCGUUUCACUGCCGAAAAAAAACAAAUGCGAGACACGAUAUCGCAUCUGAAGUUGAAACUGGUAGAAGCCGAAGAGGAUACUUCCUGUGCUGCAUUAAAUCGUUUGAGGGCAAAGCUUCGUGAGUUAAUGAAAGAUGGUCAGAAGGCUGAUCAACAGGUGUCCGUGGUUGUCGAGAGAUCAAUGCAGACAUCGGCAGAUCUAUCAAAGAGCUACGAAGAUCUAUUACGAACAGAGCGCCUGCAAGCUGAACUGACGCAAAUUCGUCGUUCAAUGGAGGAAGUUGUUACACCGGUCUCAGAAGAGAUUGUCGUUCCUCUACCUGCAGAUGUGGAAGAAGAGGAUAUACCGGUACUGUUAAGUCAACUUCGUAAUUGCAGAAUGCUCCUGGCUGAAUUGAAAAUACAUUUGGAUGAGAAGACGGCUUACGCGGAGGCUCUACGAAGCGAACUUGAUCAACAGAAAGCUGCCAUCGUCACACCGCCCUUAGAUUUGGAUGAGAUAAUCGUCAAACCACCGAUCGAGAUAAAGGAAGAACCUAAGAAACCUGAAAAACCUGACGAGGAAAUCCGGAAAACAGAAGAAUUGAGUAGAGUGAAAGAGGAAAAUAACGAGUUGAAGAGCGAGAUCGAUAAGUUGAACGUUGACCUGCGUCGCGAGGAAGAAAAAUUUCAAGUAGCGCAAAAAGAGCUAGAGGGCAUGAGAGACGAUUUGCAUAGUCUCGGAGCUGAGAAUGAAUUCUUGAAGGAGACAUUGGAAAAUGCAAAAUUGGAGACUAACGAACUUAAAGAAGAAAAUGUUGCUCUGAAAAACAAUCUUGAUAACAUGAUUAAGGAAUUAGAAUCUUCGAGAAGAGAAAAUAAUAAUAUCAAGACAAAGAGAGAUCAAUUAUUAUCUGAGAAUAAGUAUUUAAGAGAUGAAUUAGAAAAACAAGUGGCGGAGACGAAUCAAUUAAAAUCUGAAGGGAUUGCAUUGAAGGAUGGUCUCGAUAGACUGUUACAAGAAAUGGACAGAUUAAAGGUUGAAAGCGAUAAACUAAAGGACGAAAGUGCUGCUGUUAAAAGCGAAAGAGACAAUCUGACAACGGAAAGAAACAACUUGAAAUCCGAGAAUGGUCUUCUUAAAGACGACUUGUCUAAAACAAAUGUAGCGUUAGACGACGCAAAGAAACAAUUGAACAAAUUUAAAGUCGAGAAUGGAGUUCUUACAGAAGAAUUGGAGAAGGCUAAUGUAAAUAAUAACAAGCUACUCGCGGACUUCAAUACUUUGCAGAGCGAAAUGGCAAAGUUGAAGUCGGAGAACAGAAAAUUGUUACAAGAAGUGGAUGAUGGGAAAGAAGAAUUAACAAAAUUAUUGUCCGAAAUAGAAACUUUGAAAAAGGAGGUAGAUAAUAUGAGUAAUAAAUUGACGAGGGCAAAUAACGAAGUUGUAGAUUUGCAGCAGGAAUCGGUUGAGUUAAAUAAUAAACUGAGAGAGACAAAAGUUAUAAAUGAACAACUAAAGGCAGACAUUCACCAAACAGAAGUAGAGAACAAAGAUAUUAAAACAAAAAUGAAUAAUUAUAAAGAUGAAAACAGCAAGCUAAACACAAAACUAAACGAACUAAAGGAACAAAUAAAUUUAUCGACGGACGAAGUAAAUAAAUUAAGAGAACAACUUGACAACACCGAGGAUCGGGUUAAGUUUCUUGAGGCUCAACUCGUUAGUUUACAGACUGGUAAGGACAAGAUGCAGAAUGAGAUCAACGCUUUGCAAAAUGAGAUCAGCAAACUGAAAUUAGAUCUAAGUGCAGAAUCUACUGCUAAAAGAGACAUUCAGGAGGAAUUAGUGGCAUUAAAGAAUGAAAUGAAAAAUUUGAUCUCAAAGAUCGAUGAGAUGAAGGUGCAGAAUUAUGCCCUAAAAGAAGAGAGAGACGCUCUCAAGGAAGAACUGUUGAAUCUGGGUGAGGAAUUGUUGAGCCUAAGAGCUGCGAAUGCUGAGAUGAUGAACCAGAUUAAUAAUUUAAGAGCGGGUACAUCUGAUCUUCAAUCGCAAUUAUCUAAAGCGGAAGAAGAUAUUGAAUAUUGGAAGUUGGAAAAUUGCAAGCUUAAGAUGGGCUCAGAUAAGUUAGCCAUCGAGAAUGAAAAGACAAAGGAAGCUUUAAACGUCUGUAAGGUUGAACAUCAAGCAUUAGAGAAGGAGAUAACGAAUCUUAGAAAUGAGAAGAUUAAGCUCGAAGGAGAAAUGGCGAAGCUUAAAAAUCUGUUAGAAGAAUUAGAUCUGUCUUCAUUCGCCGAAAAGUCUGCUAAAGAAGAGGCUGUGGAGGAACUGAUGAAGAUCAAGAAUGAAGUCGUUGCUUUGAGAGAGGAACUUCAAGCAUUGAAACCUGAAUUGACUAAGUUAAGAACAGAGAACGAUAGGAUAAGAGAUAAGGAGGAAAGCCUAUCCCGUCAAGUAUCAACAUUAAAGACAGAACUUGAAAACACAAAAAAUGAGAUAUUAGCUUUGAGAGCCGACAAUAACACAUUAAAAUCUAGAACAAAUAUAUUAACAGAUGAGAAUAAUAAAUUAAAAAGCGAGUCAAAUAUGCUGAUAUCUGAAGUUGAUAGUUUAAAACUAGAAAACACGAGUCUGAGGGAAGCACGACAGAAAUUCGAGAAAGAAUUUAGCAAACAGAAAGACGAGGAUGAUAGGCAAAAAGAUGAGAUUAAAAAUCUAAAAUCUAACUUGAUAGCCGAACAGAAAUUAUCAGAAAAAAUUAGAUUGGAAUUAUCUACUAGUCAAUCGGAAAACGAUAGAUCAAGAAUGGAAUUGGAAAAACUGCAAAAGAAUUUAGAUACUCUUGAAUUAGCGAAUGACAAGUUGAACAGCGAAGUAGAGGAUUUAAAGAAAACGUCGAUCGACGCGCAGAACAAGGUGAACGCAUUUCAGUAUCAUGUGGCUGCGUUGCUAAAAGAGAAGGAGGCACUUCUGAACGAGUUAGAUGGUUUACGAGCGGAAGUGAGUAGAUUAGGUAAAGAAGUUGUAUCGGAUAAAGUUGCGAAGGAAGCUACUGAGAAAAAGACGAUCGUUUCUAACGACGAAUUAAUGGAGGAGCUAAAGGCAGAACUAGAUAAAAUGCGCGUGGAAAAUGAAAGUUUGAAGCGUGAACUAAACGACGUAAAUAAACGACAUGCUUCUUUGAAAGACGAGAAUGCUGCUCUGAGAAUCGAAAAUACUAAAAUAGCAACAGAUCUCGAUUUCUUCAAAGACGAUCUGAAUAGAUGCAGGGCGGACAAUGAACGACUAACAAUCGAAUUAGCCGCUUCGGAAGCUCGAGCGUUAGCAAUACAGAAAGAAAGGAUCGAAACCGAAAACGGCGAAUUGGAAAAAGAUGAUUUGAUGAGAAUAAAGACGGAGUAUGAUAAAGAGCGACAGGAUUUACAAAAAUUAAUGAUAGAAAACAAAGAAUUGCGGGAUGAGCUAAGAAUGGCGCAAAGUGAGAUCGAUAAACUAAAAGAGAAUAUCCAAAAAUCGAAAGGCGAUUUUAUAGAGGAUGUUGCCGAUAUCGACAGCUUUGAAAAUGAAUUGAAGAAAUUGAUGAUCGAGAUAGACAAGGCGAGAGAAGAUUUAAGACACGCCGCGGAAGAGAAUAAUAAAUUAAAAAUGAUCAAUGACGGUCUUGAAUUAGAACUAGGUCGAUUGAAAGCACUGCAGGACAAAAUAAAAGAUUUUCCUGAGCAAGUCGAUGAAGUUAUCGGGUCGAAGGAUCAAAUCCAAAGACUGUUUGCCGCAAAUAAUGCGUUGAAAAUCGAAAACAUGGACUUGAAAUCCGGAUUAGAUCAUUGUCAAGCGGAGAAAGAGCAUUUAAACGAUGAAAUUAACAACUUGAACGAAAAGAUCAAAUUGCUGCAAUCUCUUCCUUCUAUCAUAGAGGCUGGCGUGAUUAAACCGGAUGAAUGCGGCGACUUCGUUAAGGCGAAUGAAUUACUGAAGAAGCAAAUUGAAAAGCAAUAUGACGCUGUGCAACGUGUGCGUGAUUACAUACAAUUUGUGGAUGGUAAAAUUCCUGCGAGACCCACGAUGGCGAUAACGUUGGAUGAAGAUUUUGAAAUCGAGCGCUGGACCGUACCAUCUAUCGUGGAAUUAUUAAAAGAAUCGCAAAAGCUGUCCGAGAAUAUCUAUCUGGCGGAAAUCGAAGUUCAAAAUAUUGAUAGAUUACUCAAAUUGCUUAAAGAUUGCAAAAGAGAUAACGAGAACUACAUAAAACAAUUAUUGGAGCUUGGUGUAGAAGUUACCAAGGUUGCAGGUGUGGAUAAUGGUGAUAAGCUUGCAGCUUUUGACCCUGAAUCUUGGUUGAAGUCUUUGACACUGACGCAAUUAGCUGAGUUGCAUGAUAAAAUCUGUCUGUUGACUUCAAAUAUGGUGCAACAAGAUAGCAGACCCGCGGUGUGCGAUCGUUCAAUGAUUAAUCGAGACGGCGGUAGUGAUCGGUUGCAAGCAGAUUACGAUGCUUUAAAUCGGCGGAUCGCCGCCUUGCAGAAACAAAUAACCGAAAAGCAGAUUGAGGCGGGAUGGAAAUUGCAGGAAUUAAGACGAGCUCUUCGUAUUGAACAGGCAAAUCUGAUUCAGAUCUCUGACCGGAUGAAUCUCGAAAAAAGGCGCAACUUAGCCCUUCAUCUCACCAUGGACGAUUCAGUAUAAUUUUCUUUCCAGUAUCAUAACAGGCAUUACAAUAUACGCACCAGCGACCAGUUAACAACAAUGGUUAUAGGCAUGUUAGAAAUUCUCUGUGCCUGCGUGGUAAUUUUAUAUUUACUUUAUUAUUAUUUGACUGCCGACUUUGACUAUUGGACAUCGCGCGGGAUCAAUGGGCCGAAACCCAUUCCGUUCUUCGGCAAUAUUGUCGAAUUCUUAACGGGCAAGAAAAACAUGGGUGAUUUCUUCAAAGAAAUUUAUGACCGAUACCCGAAAGAUUCCAUGGUGGGUAUAUUUUUGAGAGGAAAUCCCGUGCUCGUCAUAAGAGAUCCUGAAUACAUCAAACAGGUGUUGAUCAAGGAUUUUACCACCUUUGCCGAUCGACAAUUUAAAGUUUAUGAAAAGGCUGUUAGAUGGCGACCAUUAAGAAUGAGGCUUUCGCCCGUCUUCACAAGCGGGAAGUUGAAGGACAUGUUUCACUUGUUGCUGAACUGUUCCAACCACUUCGAGAAGUAUCUAGAUGAGAUAGUAUCUAAAGACAGUAUUGUCGAGUGCCGAGAUCUGACGUCUAAAUUCACUGUCGACGUGAUCGGAUCUUGUGCUUUCGGUCUCGAGAUGAAUGCAUUGAAAGAAGAGAAUAAUCAGUUUCACCGCAUGGGUCAUGUAACGGAUGAAUUUAUUGCUGCCCAAUCGUUCGUAUUUUUCGCGGCUGGUUUCGAUACAUCUUCUGCUACAAUGUCUCAUGCAAUGUAUGAACUAGCGCAAAAUCAAUCAAUGCAAGAUAAAGUUCGAAAGGAGAUUAAGGAAAUCCUUAACAGUUCUGACGGAGUAAUAUUAUAUGAUAACAUCAAGAAAAUGAGCUAUUUGGAAAAAAUUUUUCAAGAGACUCUUAGGAAAUAUCCACCCGUAAUGUUUCUAACGAGACGACCUGUAAAGAAUUAUACCUUCGAAGGGACUAAGAUCACUGUACGAAAAGGGCAACCUGUAAUUAUACCCAUUUAUGCUAUUCAAAAUGAUCCAAACAUUUAUCCAGAUCCGGAAGUUUUUGAUCCUGAACGAUUUAGUGUGGAAAGUAUACAGCAGAGAAAUCCUAUGCAUUAUCUGCCUUUCGGAGAUGGUCCAAGGAACUGUAUUGGCGCAAGAUUUGCCAUUAAUCAAACCAAGAUAGGUUUAAUUAAAGUGCUGAUGAAUUAUAAAAUAGAUGUUUGCAAAAUAACUCAAAUUCCACUUAUCCAUGCUCCGUGGAGCGGUUUAAUGUUCCAAACAACUCAUGGCAUAUACGUAAAAUUGACCAAACUCACCUAACAUAUAAUUUAUCAACUUUAAACUUGAAACUGGGUAAAAACGGAAAGAAGUCAAUAAGAUAACAUUUGGUAAAAACGGAAAGAAGUCAAUGUGUGUAUGUGUGUGUGUUUGUGUGAUAACAUUUAUUAAUAAA